AUGGUCGUCCACUAUAACCCGCUCACCAAAGAGCCCUAUCUUCAACUCCCAGCACCAUGUACCAACAUCAUCAUGACCCCACACCGUAACCACCAGAUCGAGGAGGUGUCUGCUGCAAUGGGCGAAUUUCUCAAUGAUUCACGGGUGUACGACUGGCUGCAAGGGCCCCCCUACCCGUUUCUGCCCGAGCACGGUGCCGACUGGGUCAAACAGAAAUUAGCAGAGCAGGCGGAAGUCGUGUCUACGUUGCAAAAAGAAUUUGAAACACGGGAAAUUCAGCAGGGGGACGGUUCCAAUGGCCCAAAGGAACUCGAGUUGUUUGAUAGAUUCCCUUUCCUUGGCAUCCGCGAAGUAACAGAAAGAGAUCCUGCGACCGGCGUGCCACUUCAAGAUGUCUUUAUUGGAGAAUUGACACUCACGCGAUAUGCGUUCCAUGAGUUGCAAUCCGAUGGCUCAGCGCUUGCGCUGGCACAGAAACACAAUGAUGAUCUGCCUGCGGGGCACCAGGAUAUCGUCUGGAGUAUAGGAUAUUAUCUCUCUCCCGCUCAACACGGCCGAGGAGUGAUGAGUCUUGCCGUUCGAACUGCUCUUCGAGACUGGGCUAUCCCUCGGAUGAACCUUCAGCUUCUCAAAAGCAGCUACUUUGUUGGGAAUCAAGGGAGCCGGAGGGUCCUGGAGAAGAACAACUUUGCGGAGAUUGGUACCUGCAAAGACUGGGCUCCGGCAAACCCAAUCAAGGGACGAGGCCCGAUGUCGAUGAUUGUGGUGAAGUGGAAAGGCCUUGGGUAG